AUGGAUUCCUCAUCCUCCCAGGAGAAAAAGUCCAUCCCGCGCUUCGCCAGCUUUAAACCUCUUCCUGCGCCUCCGCCCACAGCGGAUCGUCCACCGCCGAGUCGCCAGGACGAAGACAGGUCCCGACAUCGCUCCAAGCAUCAUUCGCGACACAGAGGUCAUCGCGAUCGCUCACGGUCAAGAGGGCAUCGCAGGGAUCACAGGGAACAUCGCCAUGUCCACAAAGAGGCAGAACAGGACCGUCGGGAGUUCGCCCUUCGGGAACCCAUCCGCGAAUCCCGCUCAUUGACGAAAAGCGUACCGAAAGAAUCAGAGCACGAGGAGUCAGACUUGUACGUGAUUGAUCGAAAAGGCGACAAAUACAACGUUAUCUAUGGCACCAUCCACCGUUACAACAUUCCCCUCUAUCACCGUGUGGGUCGAGGGAAUGUGCUCGGACUUCCUCGGAGCUACAAAAUCCAGCGCGAUACCGUCGAGGGAGAUGCGUUGGUGAUAAAGCCCGAUGCCGGACGUACCGAUGCUGCUCGAACGAAAGUGAAGAGAGUCCUUGCAGGUCUAAACAAACAACAGACAAAGCUACUUCGGAUACGGCAACCAUCCCCAUCGGACGCUGACGCUGAUGCUAUGAAGGAUUAUCUACCCCUCGAAUGCUCCCGUAGUCGACGUCAACGGUCUCUAGGUGAUCUCGGAUCGGAUGAUGAAAAUUAUGCGUAUCGUUCGAUUCAUGGUAAAGCGAAGCCGGAGGACGACCUUCCUAGCGAUUUCGAGGCCGUGUCGGACGAAUCCAGUGGUGACGAGGUAGCCCGCGUCGACCCCGACCAGGCCAUUAAACAGCGGAACGUUGACCUUACCCGGAGAGUUGAUAAGAAUCCUUCUGAUGUUGGAUCCUGGCUGCAGCUUAUCGAUCACCAGGAGUCGCUGCUGAGGGGCUCUGAACGGGAAUCCGCCUCCUUGACAUCCGCGGAGAAGAAGAGUUUGGCCGAUGUCAAGCUCUCCCUAUACCAAAAGGCACUCAAACUGGCUGGUCAGUGUCCUUCGCGGGAUCGCCUCCUCCUUGGCAUGCUGGAAGAAGGUGCGAAGUUGUGGGACACAAAGAAGCUGUCGACACAAUGGCAGGCGGUGUUGAAGUCGAAUGCCCAUUUCAUUAGCUUGUGGGUGAAGUAUCUGGACUUCCGACAAACCGAAUUCCUUGACUUUACCUACGAACGGUGUUUAGCCACCUUCCUUGACUGCCUGAGGCUAAAUAAGACGGCGCCAGAUACUCCCGGCAAGCUUCACGUCCAGGUUUAUCUGUUUCUCCGUAUGACGGCGUUUAUUCGGGAAGCAGGAUUUACAGAGCAGGCUGUGGGCCUCUGGCAGGCUAUGCUUGAGCUUACAUUUUUCCGACCACCAACGCUGGACGAUAAUACGGACAGGGAGGCAAUCCUGUCGGCCCUCAUGGAUUUCUGGGAAUCGGAGGUCACUCGUAUUGGCGAGACUGGUGCGAAAGGUUGGCGAAACGGCGGCGGUGCUGCCCCAAAUCCCAAGGUCUUUUCGCCAGGCGCCCGUGUGAACCCCAGAUCGAUCUUUGCAUCCUGGGAGACCUGUGAAAGGGAACGAAUGUUCGCUGCCCGACUCCCUUGCCGCAGUUUAGAUGAGUCGGAAGACGAUGACCCCUUUCGGGUUAUCCUAUCGUCUGAUCUUCGAGAAAUCAUAUCACUAGUCUGGGACCCCGAUGCGGCCGACGAACUAAUCGACAGCUUUUUGUAUUUCUGCAGUCUCCCACCUCUUGUAUCCCCCCAAAAUUCGGGAAUGACGGGUCGCUGGGCGGGUGACAGUUUCUUGCAAAAUUAUUUCACAAACAGUACCUAUUCAACGCUUGAUGAUUGGCUCCCCAGGCAGCACAUUGGAAGUGCCGAAUUGCCAAUCUUCUUCCCUCAUCAGAACUUCAUCCACACCACUCAAGCGCUCUUUGCAAAUCAGGAGACGUGGUUUUACUCCUUCAGAGCUUGGACGCAGAUCACCUCCCGUUUGCGAUCCGAUCUUGACCCUGAUUGGGUUCGGCGGGUUCUGAGGUUGUUGGUAGAAGCCAUGCCGCUGAACGAGGACUUGGCUGAAUACACUCUCGCUGUGGAAUUUGCAUGUAACAGCAGGGAAGCCAAGAAGUACGCAAAGUCAUUGCUUAAAAAGCGUCCUUCUAGCUUACGGCUCUACAACUCUUACGCUCUUAUGGAACAGCGAUCGGGCAAUCUUGCAGCUGCCGACCACGUCUGGGCGACCUCUCUCUCUAUGAGUAUAAUGUUGCCGGGGAACGACAGGACUAAAGCUGUUCUGUUAUGGCAUAUGUGGAUCUGGGAGUCUCUGGAAGCUCGGAAUAUAGCCCGUGCGUCCCACCUUUUGCUUUCCAUGCCGGAGAAUAGCGUUGAUCUUAAGACGCUCCCGGAUGCGUCCAGUCAGCCAGCAUUCAGCCCAACUGGCUUGCUGAAAGUUCAGAGUUACCUAUCCGAAACACAGGAAACCGUACUCGCAGCCAGCAAUGCCAACGUCUUCGUCGCCUGCACCAACUGCCUGGCUAUCUUACAAUAUCUUGUUCACUCACUGGAUCUGAACAAGUCCCAAGAGGCAUACUGCAAUGCGAUCAACAGGCUCGCUGUGAUGCCAUCUCAGGCCAAGACCUUCCGAUCUUUCACCACCGAGCUUCUGCAUCAAUCCCGCGCAAGGCUACUCUACCACCACGUCCAAACAAGCAGCAUCUACAAGCCAUCCGACAUUCGCACCCUGCUAAUGGAAAGCAUAUCAUUGUUCCCGCACAAUACAAUGUUCCUUUCCCUAUUUGCCUGGAACGAAUCUCGCAUCCGCAUUGAAGAGCGCGUCCGAGACACCCUGCGAGACAUAACCACCAAGCCCCAAACGAGCGCCAACCUCACCCUCACCUCGGCUGAGGCUCAGGUUCCAGUUACGUCUCAUCUGUUUUCGAUCUACACCGAACUCAGUCGCCCGGUCUAUGCGGGCUCCACGUCCCAUUCUGUACGAGCGGCCUUUGAGAAGGCCAUCACUGGACAGGACACCCUUCCCUCCUCUACCACAUCCUCUUCUUCUUCCUCCAAUGCCCGCUCCAACCUCACCCUCUGGAAACUCUACCUCCUCUUCGAACUAUCCCAUAACAACAUCCACCGCGCGAAAGACGUGUUCUAUCGUGGUAUGCGUGCUUGUCCGUGGUCCAAAGAGCUCAUCAUGCUUGCAUUUAGUCACCUUCGCACAGAUAGUAUCCAAGAACGCUACUCGGGUUCUUCGUGGAAUGGCGAGGGAAUGGGAUUUGACGAGCUACGACGCGUGUACAAUGUACUGGUCGAGAAGGAGUUGCGUGUCCAUGUGGACAUCGAGAAUCAGUUAGAUGAACUUGUGACAAAGAUGCAGGGUCGGUCUGUGGCGUUGGGAAUUCCCUUCUCCAUGCCGGAGGAUGUCGAGAGUUAUGAUAACCCUACGCAGGUUUGA